ACGUCAGGAGAGCCCUGGGCUUCUGUUUGCAGUGGGCUGCAGAAUUGUGUGGGUGGCAUCUCCCUUUCCCUUUGCAUUUCAUUCUCCAGGCCCCCGUACAUCUCACUAGAUCUAGAUUACUUUGUGCAUUGCUAAUCCUCUCUCCUCUUCAGCAUCUUUAAAGGGACGACAUGGAAAGCGGUCUCCUGCAGCACUGUCCAAAUGCCCUACAAUCCAGGAAAAAAUAGAAAAAAUUCCAUCAAGGCAGUAGAGUCUUAGGACUGGCAACCCCAUGCACCUGAAUGAUACCAUGGCAAGCCCGCUCGAGCCCCUGAGCUGGUCAUCUUCUCCCAACCUCAUUGUUGAUACCUUACGGGAAGAUAAAGACUACAGGGUGAAUUAUGGCGACUGUACCACCAUUGGCCAUCACGAGAUUAAAGAGACCCCUGAUAAGUGUGAUUCCCUGGAUAAUGCUAACAGCCCAGUUACUGCCACUGUCCUGACCUCUAUCAGUGAAGACUCCAGAGACCAGUUUGAGAAUAGUGUACUUCAGUUGAGAGACCAAGAUGAACCAGAAAAUACAGCACCUCAGGGCAGCAGUCACUCUGGAGAUGGAGGCAGCUACAGUGGAAAUGAGGACAUUAGAAUACAUUUCGGCCAUUCUGGGAGUGGGAACAGUGGUUUCUUAGAGGGGCUUUUUGGUUGUUUGAGACCUGUGUGGAAUAUCAUAGGAAAGGCUUAUUCAACGGAUUACAAGCUUCAGCAGCAAGAGACAUGGGAAGUACCCUUUGAAGAGAUUUCCGAGUUGCAGUGGCUGGGAAGUGGGGCACAAGGAGCUGUGUUCCUUGGCAAGUUCAGAGGGGAGGAAGUAGCUAUCAAAAAAGUGAGGGAACAGAAAGAAACCGACAUCAAGCACCUUCGAAAAUUAAAGCACCCCAACAUCAUUGCUUUUAAAGGCGUUUGUACACAGGCACCCUGUUACUGCCUUAUCAUGGAAUACUGUGCCCAUGGGCAGCUUUAUGAGGUACUCAGGGCUGGGCGCAAAGUCAGCCCUAGAUUGCUGGUGGACUGGUCAAAUGGUAUUGCUAGUGGCAUGAAUUACCUCCACCUGCACAAGAUCAUCCACCGUGACCUUAAAUCACCCAAUGUCCUAGUCACCCACACAGACACUGUGAAAAUCUCAGACUUCGGCACUUCGAAGGAGCUCAGUGACAAAAGUACCAAGAUGUCCUUUGCUGGCACCGUGGCUUGGAUGGCACCUGAAGUCAUCCGCAAUGAACCUGUCUCCGAAAAAGUGGACAUCUGGUCGUUUGGCGUCUUACUGUGGGAGCUAUUGACUGGAGAAAUUCCCUACAAAGAUGUUGAUUCUUCUGCUAUUAUCUGGGGAGUAGGUAGCAAUAGCCUUCAUCUUCCUGUACCUUCUACUUGCCCAGAUGGCUUUAAAAUUCUCAUGAAGCAGACUUGGCACAGCAAACCACGAAACCGCCCAUCUUUCAGACAAAUUCUUAUGCACCUAGAUAUCGCUUCUGCUGAUGUCCUGGGGACCCCACAGGAGACAUAUUUUAAAUCUCAGGCUGAGUGGAGAGAAGAAGUAAAGAAGCAUUUUGAGAAGAUCAAGAGUGAAGGGACCUGCAUUCAUCGCCUGGAUGAAGAGUUAAUUCGCAGACGCAGAGAGGAGCUCAGGCAUGCACUAGAUAUCCGUGAACAUUAUGAGCGCAAACUGGAGAGAGCCAACAACCUCUACAUGGAGCUGAGUGCCAUCAUGCUGCAGCUAGAGGUGCGAGAAAAGGAGCUAAUCAGGCGGGAGCAAGUUGUAGAGAAGAAAUAUCCAGGGACUUACAAAAGACAUCCUGUCCGACCCAUUGUUCAUCCCAACUCUGUUGAGAAGCUUAUCAAAAAAAAAGGGCCUCCCUCAAGGAUACCAUCUCAGACAAAACGGCCUGACCUUCUGAAAUCUGAUGGCAUUGUUAGUGCAGAAGGGAGUGCUGCCAGUGCAUCCCCCAUUUCUGGGAGUCCAAAAACAUCUUCAGGAGGAGGAAAGAACCGCUACCGAAGCAAACCACGUCACCGCCGAGUUAACAGCAAAGGCAGUCAUGCUGAUUUUAUUGGUGUGCUGAAACACCUGGAAUCUCCAGCACUUUCCCAACAGUCCUCUCAGCACCAGACUCUAGCUUCCCCUCCAGUCACUUCCUGUAGCCCUUACCAUGAAACGUCUCAAGUCAUGCCAACAUUCCACCAAACUCUAAAUGUUCAUGGGCAGAACAUUGCCAACUGCGCCAACAACUUGCGUUACUUUGGUCCAGCAGCGGCACUAAGGAGUCCGCUAAGCAGCCAUGCUCAGAGGCGUAUGUCUGGUUCCAGCCCAGACCUUCUCUCUAGCACACUUGAGGCCGAUAGUCACAUCCAGCCUGAAAGGGAAUAUGAAUACUGUCAGCAGGAUCCUUACAACCGCUGCCCAGGAUGUACUGAGGCUGUUCAGCAAGAUACUGACACUGGGAAUUGGGACAGUACAAAUGUGGUGACUGCUGAGUACAGGACAUCAGGUGGAGACCCUCCAGAAUCUCCGAGACACAAUCUAGUACAGGAGAACAAUGAGAAACUGGAAUCUGGAGGAGAGCAAUUUAGUAGUUUCAAGGCUGCAAUUGGUGUCAGUGCUUUGACUGUUCCCACCCCCCCAGCACUACCACGUAGGAUACGUACUCUGCGAAAGAAUGGGGAUGAAUCAUCCGAAGAAGAAGAAGGGGAGGUGGACAGUGAGGUGGAAUUCCCCAGGAGACAUAGACCUCCUCGAGGCAUGAGUAAAUGCCAGUCAUAUUCGACAUUCAGUUCUGAAAAUUUCUCUGUGUCUGAUGGGGAGGAAGGAAACACCAGUGACCACUCUAACAGCCCUGAUGAUGUGGCUGGGGGUGGCAAGGUCUGGCAUGGUGACAAGUUGGAUGAUCUGUCCCAGACUCCAGAGAUUCCCAUUGAGAUCUCCAUGCAGUCAGAUGGGCUGUCAGAUAAGGAGUGUGCAGUGAGACGCGUAAAAACUCAGAUGUCUCUUGGCAAAUUGUGCACUGAGGAACACAACUAUGAGAAUGCGGGGAACUUUGCAGAGUCAGACUGUGACUCUUCUGAAGGAGAAUGCUCUGAUGCAACUGUACUAACCAACAACCCAGUAAAUUCAUCCACCUGGUGAGAAGCCAACAGUCCUGGAACAGUAUUCUAUUUUCCUGUUAUUCUUCUUACCCAGGCCUCUUCUUAUGAUGUUCACCACAAUUUAGCAUUUACUCUAGAUCUUCUUUUGUAGCCCUUUCUUUUAGCCCCCCACUGCUGGAUGAGGGACAGCAAGGCGUUGCAAAGCAAUACAUUGUUGGUCCUCCACCCUCUGGCAGGAAUAGGGCUAACAGUAUCUGCAAUAAUGGGGGCCCAAAGACUUGUGGGAAAAUUUCCCCAAAAUUAACUAGCUUCAGAGGAAGCAUUUCAAAAGAUGGCAGGGAUAAAUAUUUUCAUGAAAUAUAGAAAUACUGUAAAAGUC